AUCAUUGUUUUGCUUCACGCUAAAUUGUGAUUCUUCGAAAGUCUUCUCAGAAUUUGUCAUCAUUUGUUCACAUUCUUCAGCUUUAUAAGCAGUAAAACACAAAAGGCAUAGCUCGCUAGACGAGGAACGAUCAAUUGUCCUCGCUGCCGAGACAGAAAAGAACUAAAUCGGCUUCUGUUUGCGGAUAGAAUCGUUACACGACCGUGACUAGGCUCAGGAACGUUUCUUAUCGGUGCGACAAUGUCUGCGUCAUUCGCGGCUGAACUUCUUCGCUACAGGCAAACCAGAAUAGACAGUGUUGGCCGUAAAGUAAAUAUUCCUCACGCUUCUGUGCAUCGUUUCACGAAUAUCUUCAUCACAGAGAGCAGGCGCUUCAUGCCUAAAGCAGACCUACCCAUUUACCGCGGUGUACCUUUGUGGUUUUCAAUUAUUGUUGCUGUGUUAAGUUUUGGUGGCGCUGGUUCGCUCCCUUACGCCGUAAUUUUCCUGAUCUUUGGUUUUCCAUUUAUUGCCUUCUACUUGCAACACGAAAUGGUCAACAGAAGGUCUCUUCCACUCGUCAAGAAACAGCCGUUGAAGAAUGAUCUGCAGACGCUCAACGUUUUGUACGAGGUGACUGUCGCUGAACUCGAAAUGAUCGCUCUUUCCAGUUACGAUAUGGAAAUUGGCUUCCUUAAGACAAAUUCUGGAAGAGUCUACUUCCAAGUUUUUCACCCUGCAGCUUUUCAUAUCAUGGAUAAGGCUAAACGUACCUCUCGCAUCAUGCUCGGCGUCUUCCUAUUUCUCGCGGUGUACAACACUAUCUUCACUUUUCUGUAUUCUUUUAAAAUCAUGAAAGAUUGAAUCAACCACGAAGAGCGCACUGUUGUCUCUGAAGAUAGCUAUGCGGUCGAGGACAUGAACUUACGGCAAGCACUCUGAUGGAUGUAACUAUAUAAUCAUCAACAACUAUCAGUUUCGUUUUUUAGCAAACUGAUCCAAAGAUAGGAACAUUUGUUUUGCUGGUUUCAGUAGAAUCGUAUUAUAGACCUUAUGUCUUCUGUGAGAACCGUAGACCAAACUGACCUGUUUAUUCCACAACAGGUAACGCCUAAAGAUCUUACAGCUUAAAGAGGAAAUAUUACUCUAAACUAUUAAAGUUAAACUCAACGUGUGCCAUCGAACAAAUCAUGUUCUGAAAUUGAAUUUAAUCUUUAGGUCGCGAGUACAACAUGAGGCUUCCUCGGCCUUCUUCAUGAUAUCAGUAAUAAAUAUAUACAUGUUGCCUGUAUAAUUCGUCGUUCAGCAUUGACUGAAACAGUGUUAGUGGAAGAGCAUUUUUUUGACUUAGUUAUUUGAGAAAUUAUCC